GAGGCCGCCGGCGCGAUGGCCGGGCGCGGAGGCCGGGCGCUGCUGGCGCUGUGCGGGGCGCUGGCCGCCUGCGGGUGGCUGCUGGGCGCCGGGGCGCAGGAGCCCGGGGCGCCCGCGGCGGGCCUGAGGCGGCGCCGGCGGCUGCAGCAGGAGGACGGCAUCUCCUUCGAGUACCACCGCUACCCGGAGCUGCGCGAGGCGCUGGUGUCCGUGUGGCUGCAGUGCACCGCCAUCAGCAGGAUCUACACGGUGGGGCGCAGCUUCGAGGGCCGGGAGCUCCUGGUCAUCGAGCUGUCGGACAACCCCGGCGUCCACGAGCCUGGUGAGCCGGAAUUUAAAUACAUCGGGAACAUGCAUGGCAAUGAGGCUGUUGGCCGGGAACUGCUCAUUUUCUUGGCCCAGUACCUGUGCAACGAAUACCAAAAGGGGAAUGAGACAAUUGUCAAGCUGAUCCACAACACCCGGAUCCACAUCAUGCCCUCCCUGAACCCGGAUGGCUUCGAGAAGGCUGCAUCUCAGCCUGGCGAGCUGAAGGACUGGUUUGUGGGUCGAAGCAAUGCCCAGGGAAUAGACCUGAAUCGGAACUUCCCUGAUCUGGAUAGGAUCGUUUAUGUUAAUGAGAAAGAAGGUGGGCCAAAUAAUCAUCUGUUGAAAAACCUGAAGAAAAUUGUGGACCAAAACACAAAGCUUGCACCUGAGACUAAGGCUGUCAUUCACUGGAUCAUGGAUAUCCCGUUCGUGCUGUCUGCCAAUCUCCAUGGUGGCGACCUGGUGGCCAAUUACCCAUAUGAUGAGACACGGACUGGUACUGCACAUGAGUAUAGCUCCUGCCCAGAUGAUGCCAUCUUCCAGAGCCUGGCUAGGGCUUACUCCUCUUUCAACGCCCCCAUGUCAGACCCCAAUCGGCCACCGUGUCGCAAGAAUGAUGAUGAUAGCAGCUUUGUAGAUGGAACGACCAAUGGUGCAGCCUGGUACAGCGUGCCUGGUGGAAUGCAAGACUUCAAUUACCUCAGCAGCAAUUGUUUUGAGAUCACCGUGGAGCUUAGCUGUGAAAAGUUUCCACCUGAGGAGUCUCUGAAGCGCUACUGGGAGGAUAACAAAAACUCCCUUGUUAGUUACCUUGAGCAGAUACACCGAGGAGUUAAGGGAUUUGUUCGAGACCUUCAGGGUAAUCCGAUUGCUAAUGCCAGCAUCUCUGUGGAAGGAAUAGAGCAUGAUGUGACUUCUGCAAAGGAUGGUGAUUACUGGAGAUUGCUUGUACCUGGAAACUAUAAACUUACAGCCUCAGCCCCAGGCUAUCUGGCAAUAACAAAGAAAGUGGCAGUUCCUUAUAGUCCUGCGGUUGGGGUUGAUUUUGAACUGGAGUCAUUUUCUGAAAGGAAAGAAGAGGAGAAGGAAGAAUUGAUGGAAUGGUGGAAAAUGAUGUCAGAAACUUUGAAUUUUUAAAAAGGCUUCUAAUUAGCUGCUUUUACUCUACCUAUAUAAUGUAGUAGGAUGUAAUGUGGCCAUUUUCUUUUAGAUUUUGUGCAGUUAAUAUUGAACAUUGAUUUAUUUUUUAAUCAUUGGAAUAUUAAUAGACGUUACUUAAAUAAUUAAAAUGUUAGGUAAGAAUAUAAGAGCUUGAUCUAUUUCUCCUCUUAUACAAUAUUCGUUUUGCUACAUAUAUUACACAGAGGACUAUAGAAAAGAUAUAUGUGAUCUAGCCAUCUUAGACUUAAAUGCAAUAUUCCACGUUAUGUACGAUACAGAAUUUUUGGAGUAAUUCUAGCUUUUAAAAAGUAGUGAAGUCCUUUAACAUUAUUGAUGACAGUGUCACAUAAUGGAUGCCACUGAAAAGGCCAACAGCUACAUCUUGGGUUUGUGAGCACUAUAUAUACUGCAAGACUUAAAUAGUUCAGUAUAAAUUGUCAUUUGUCUCCUGUGCUGACUAGCUAUAUAAGCAUGAUCUUCUUAAUGCAUUUUUUGAUGGAAUAAAAUCUAAUGUUUAGCAAGAGCUUUUAUGAAAGGAAUGGAAAUGGAUUUCUUGUUUGCACAUACAAGGGCAAUACCGUUAUCAUAUUCAGCCUGUUUGUUAACAGAGUUUAAGGUUUUUUCUUGGUUGUGGAUUGGCCCAGACUUGCAUUUUAAAUGAAUAAAGGU